GAAAUCCGGAAAUGAACCCGGCGGGGGCGGGGCGUGACCUUUGACCCCGCGCACGCGGAGGACGGCGGCAGCGGCAGUAGCGGCGCACGCGGGACGCGGCUGUGGAGAGCAUGGAGCAGCCCCUGGAGCUCGAGAGCGAUGACGACCUGACAGACAGCGAGGAGAGCGUUUACUCGGGGCUGGAGGACUCCGGCAGCGACAGCACCAACAGCAGCGCCGGGGAGGAGGAGGAUGAAGAGGAGCGGGAGGAGCCCGGCAACGGGGCAGCCCCCGAGGUAAGGAGCGGGGAUGGGGGGAGGCUGCCUGGGUGGGGGGCACUGCUGGAGCACUGCGCCCGGCGCUGGGCUCCCAUCCAGGGCAGACUGGGAACUGCUGGGAGAGCCCAGCGGAGGGGAAAGACCGACUCUGAACAAGGAGAACGCAUCGACAGCCGUGAGCCCUUCGGAAAACGCAGCCCCAAAGCUCAUCUCUGCAGGACUAAUUAA